AUGGCGACGUCCAUGUCCAUUGGUAUACCACCGGCUGACCAACUACAUGCCAUGCUGCAACCCAUCAGUAGUUACAUUCAAUGUGACUUUCAGAAUGGGUUUUGUGAUUGGAUACAAGUUGAUAACGGCAUCGACGAGAUGGAUUGGGUUCGUAAAUUUGGCUAUGACGCGUAUGGUAUUUUGUAUGCAGAUCCUCGCUAUGACCACACACAGGGUAUUGUAUCAGGUUAUUAUGCAUCAAUUGAGGCUAUGGCCAAUCAAUAUGGUUACAGAGCUCAGCUCAUCAGUCCAGUUUUGCAAAGCACAACGUCUGGGUUAUGUAAGAUGCGUUUUUACUUUCACAUGUCUAACCGCUAUAUUGGUAAUCUGAAUAUAUAUACUCGCAUCUAUAAUGGGGAAACUUGGGGACAAAAACGUGUAUGGCAGAAGAAUGGAUAUAAUGGACCAUUCUGGGACAAAGGCAAAAUUGUUUUUGAUGUCGCUGUCGAUUUCCAGGUAGUUAUUGAAGCCACAACAGGUGACGGUAACUCGGCAAACAUAGCUAUCGAUGAUGUAACAUUCACUGCUACGUGUGUGUUUAGUUCUAUUGGCAAAUUGCCCAAUGCACCACGAAAAUCGCCUCCACCAAUUCGUUCACCAAUGACUCUCCACCCAUCGUGCAAUGACAACGAGUUCUACUGUACAGUGGAUAACGAAUGCAUUGCUCCAGAACUGGUUUGCAACUUCCGUGAUGACUGUUCGAAUGGUGAAGAGGAGGCAGCUCGCUGUAUGCAGUACAGCUGUGAUUUUGAAAGUGGUGCUUGUGGAUGGAAUGGCGUAUUUGCCUCGUCACGCGAAUUUUACGACAUUCCACAAUUUCGAUGGGAAAUACAACAAGGUCGUUUAGCUGAGAAUUUUCGGCCACGUGUUGACCAUACAACGACAACUCCCGAUGGCUUUUACUUAUUGGCUGACAACUCCCCCGGAGAAUUAAAUACAAAAACUGAAAUAACAACACCAGUGAUUGGACAGUCUGGCCCUAAUUGCCAUCUGGAAUUCUGGUACCAUGUAGGUAGUAGCAGUAGUUCUGGAUUACUGAAAGUAUUCACAAUUUAUGAAAGUGAAAUGAACCUGAUAUUUGUAUCAAUUUACGUAGUCGCCAAUGAAUGGGAACGCGCAUUGGUCUUCAUAGGAAUCGGAGAACGCUUUCAGGUGGUCAUACAGGCUACUCGUGGUCGUCGCACAACAUUUGAUAUAUGCAUAGACGAUGUGGUAUUUAUAGACUGUGCACCGCCAGUUGUAAUUAACAAAGUGUGUACAGAGGACGAAUUCCGCUGUUCUGAUGGGCACUGUAUUGACAGAAGUAAAGUGUGUAAUUUUGCAGAUGACUGUAUGGACUCCUCAGAUGAACAAUAUUGCGGUGCUUUAGUUGGUAGAUGUGAUUUUGAACUAGAUCUUUGUGAUUGGGAACAAGAAUAUGACCACGAAUAUAAAUGGUUAUUCUCUCGUGGAACUCAGCUUGACCACACAUUUAGAACAGUUGAUGGCCAGUACUUAAACGUCAGAUGGAAUCAGCAAUACGGAGCACGACUUGCCAGUCCAUCAAUCAAAGGAACAAGCAUUGGAUGUAGAAUUACUUUUUGGUAUCGUAUGUAUGGAAAGUCUAUUAUUUCAUUAUUGGUGUUACUGCGGACAUCUUACCUCGAUGGUGACAGCAGUUUGCAAGUGUUACACAAUAAAACUGGAGAUAAAGUUUAUUACUGGUGGCCACUUGAUCUAACUAUUGAUAGUCAAGGCAAAGACUUUAAGGUUUGCUAG